AUGAGUACUACCACGGCGACCAUCACCGUUACCACCAUGACUCUGCCCGGCCCCGCUGGCACGGCUCCACCGCCGACGCCGACGCCGUCGUCGCAGACCGGCACUGGCACUGGCACUGGCAUCGGCGCCGCCGCCGCCGCCGCCGAGCAACAUCACCAACUCCGGCAGGACCCCGAGCAGACCUUCACUCUGUUCCCGGACCUGCCCGCCGAGCUGCGCCUGCGGAUCUGGGACUUCUCCCUGCAGCCCCGCGUCGUGGUCCUGCACACCCGCAAGGCGCACUACUCGGACCCGGACAAGCAGCCGGGCAGCGUCGCCCUGCCGCCCUGGAAGAGCAGCUGCCGCAACCCGGCGGCGCUGUACGCCUGCUCCGAGUCGCGCUCCGUCGCCCUCGAGCGCUACCCCGUCACCAUCCCGCUGCCCGGCGAGGGCAACCGCCGCCCGCACGGCCUGUACCUCGACCCGGAGCGCGACACGGUCGUCGUGCUCGGCGACUUUGACGUCCAGCGCCUGCGCAAGCUCAACGACGUCAUUGAGAUGCAGCAGCUCGAGCUUGAGCCGCUGCGGAGGCGCUACGACGCAUACGACGGCCCCCUGUCGGAGAGGCUGGGCAUGAAGCGCGCGGGGCUGAGCGCCGCCUGCUUCACGAGCGAAGGCUCCGGCGCCAUGCUCGCCGCCUUUGGGCGCACCGCCCUUAGGAAAUUCGACGAGGUGGUUCUCGUCCUGCAUUUCGAGCUGACGCCUCCCUCCUGGUUCACCCGUGGGUCAUGUUCCCUGGAGGAGUGCACGCCGGAUAAUUUUCAAUAUCAACGCUUCGCAGAGGGCAAAGGGAGGAGUCUCAGGGCGGGUUCUGGCUGGAUGGUCGUCGGCAAGAACCCGCUUAAGUUGCGAGACCUGGUCUUCAAGCAAGACGGGUGGUGA